ACUAGGCAUCAUGAAUGAGAUUCCAAUCUAUCAGAUUCCAGAUCAACUCAAUUGUUCAGGACCUGCUCCUUCAAACAGUUAUAUUCCGAAUCCAAAGCACACUCCAGCACCACAAGGCAGUAGGAAUGCGCCUUUUAACGGCAAUAUUCCUGAACAAAAGCAGAAUCCAGAUGACGUUCAAAGAACAGAACCAGAUUUUUCUCGGAUGUUUUACUUAGUCCGUCAUGGCAAUGAAAAUUCAAACUCAACGACAAAAAUAUCAUCUAUGCCAGUACGUUAUUCAGCUGUGCCUGGACAGAGAGGUUCAAUCAGUACUCAAAGUAGUACAUCAGAAGAAGUAACGCAGUCUGUAUCAAAUAGUUUUAACAUAAAUGUGGACAAUAGAAUAGUAGUUCGUAGCAAAUCUCUAAGGGAGAGUAAUGCAUAACGUUGACAUAAAUUAUGACAGUGUAUUUAAAUAACUAACAAGUUUGCUUUUGUUAUUGUGUUUAAAACUGUUUAUCAUUUUUUUAAGCCAAUUAUAUGUUUUGAUAAUGUUGAAAUAUUAGCAUACCUUAUUCCACAAUUGUAUUGUCACUCUUCUUUAAACACUUGUUGUUACUCUGUAUAUGCAUAUAUUGUUCAUUGAAAGAGAGAGAGAGAGAGAGAGAGAGAGAGAGAGAGAGAGAGAGAGAGAGAGAGAGAGAGAGAGAGAGAGAGAGAGCGUACCCUUUAUAUCCUUUAUCAAUGAAAUCAUGAAAGGAAACGCAAGAAGAUUGGUCUUGUACGAGUCAUGAAUAUUAACACGUAAUAUUAAACCAACCUUGAGAUACAUUCUCCAUAUGCAGGCGCCGUAUGAAUGUUGCUGCACAGAACAUAGGAUAGAACACCGACUGACUGUUGAAAUACCAAUUCACCAACAAGUAUGUUGUCGAUCAAACGUCCAGCACUUUGAUAUACUUUCCUCGGUUUUUUAGAAUCAGUACAAUUCACAGGGUAAGAUUUGCUUAUGAAAACAUAAAUCAAGAAAUAUGUAUUUACGCAUAACUUUCUUGUUGAGAAACUCCUUUUUACAUAGACGUUGAGUUUAAACUUUUAAUUGAGCAUUGGAAACAGUAGUUUAAAGCGUAGAAAAAACAAUUAUCAAUAUCGCUGAUUUGCAGUCGAUCUCUGAUUACCUAUACCUCAUCACAAUAUUUCUGAAGGCCAUCUUUUAAUUUAGAAAGAUUUGUGUUAAGAAAUAUGUUCAUUCGAAAAUCCUGAUGACACGGCUGUAUAUUCCUUUUAUCAUUUUUUUCUUCUUCAUUAAACUUUAGUAUCCAAUAUAAAGACGGGAUUAUUUAUUUUAUAAACAAGGCAUUAUGAAAUAAGGAAUUGAAAAUUGUUUCUUUUACUUAAAUUGUGAUGAUAAAUUUAUGUCAACACCUUGCACUGCGUGAUUUAUUAAGAAAACCUCUUCGCAACAUUUCAGAUAUUUUAUUUGACGUAAUCAUAUUCUUGAUGUUAUUACACGUUAAAGACUAUAUAUUGAAAAAUACCUCUGAUCAACUUUUAUUUUCUCAUGCAACACAUGCAACAGGUACCAAAAAGAACAGGAACUAUGUGCACUUUUAGGAAAUUGUGGCAUCGCAUUUUAAAAUGAGAUUGUGUUUAAUAUGUUUAUGUAAUGUGUUGUGUACUUA